AUGGCAAAAGACAUCUGUGGACAAAAGAGCUGCGAAACGUUGGGUGUGGCUGAUGUUGGGACAAUGUGUGACCCCAAGAGAAGUUGUUCAGUCAUUGAGGACAAUGGCCUGCAGGCUGCCUUUACAGCUGUACAUGAGCUUGGUCAUGUGCUGAGUAUGCCUCAUGAUGACUCCAAGACAUGUGAGAGGCUGUUUGGAGAUUUAGGAGGACACUACCUGAUGGCUCCUGUGUUUGUCAGCCUCAACAAGACAGAGCCUUGGUCUCCCUGCAGCGCUCUAUAUCACAGAGUUUUUGACAAUGGGCAUGGGGACUGUUUAUUAGAUGUCCCAGAAAGGUCCUUGCCAUUGCCAAAGGAGCUACCAGGUGUCAAGUACAGCUUGGACCAACAGUGCCAGCAAAUCUUUGGAGAAGAUUUCCUACACUGCCCCAACAUGUCAGACAGUGAUGUUUGCAGCCAGCUUUGGUGCCAGGAGGACGGGACUUCACAGUGCUCCACUAAAAAUGGCAACUUACCCUGGGCUGAUGGCACACCAUGUGACAUCACUGGCACCUGUCGCCAUGGAACCUGCAUGUUAAUGGAAAAGAUGAUGAAGCCACUGAUAGUGGUGGACGGUGGCUGGAGCUUUUGGGGACCAUGGCAACAGUGCUCCAAAACCUGUGGAGGGGGAGUGGAGUUUUCCUACAGAGAGUGUACUGACCCUGUACCUGAGAAUGGAGGAAAGUACUGUGAGGGUCAGAGGAUUCGGUACCAGUCCUGCAACUCUCAGCCGUGUGAUAACAACAAAGGAAAGAGUUUCAGAGAAGAGCAAUGUGAGAAGUACAACAGCCUGAAUUUCCUGGACUACAAUGGGAACAUGAAACAGUGGAUACCAAAAUAUGCUGGUGUUUCUCCCAGGGAUAGGUGUAAGCUGAUAUGUAGAGCCAGAGGAAGCAGUGAAUUUAAGGUUUUUGAAUCUAAGGUGACUGAUGGCACAACAUGUGGCCCUGACACCACAUCAGUGUGUGUUCGAGGCCAGUGUGUAAAAGCAGGGUGUGACCAGGUGAUUGGAUCUUUUAAAAAGGUGGACAAGUGUGGAGUUUGUGGGGGGAAUGGGGUCAACUGCCAAAAGAUUACAGGUUUUUACAACAAAGCAAUUUUUGGAUACAGUGACAUUAUUACAAUUCCAAUUGGUGCCACUAACAUUGAUAUCAAACAGCGGGGCCACAGAGGACUUAAACAUGAUGGCAACUACCUGGCCAUUAAAAAAGACUGCGGUGGCUACGUAUUGAAUGGGAACUUUUCUAUAUCUACAGUAGAGCAGGACAUUUUUGUGCUGGGUGCUGUGCUGAAAUACAGUGGGUCCUCUACCACUUUGGAGCGAAUCCAAAGCUUUGGGCAACUAAAGGAGGACAUCACCAUCCAAAUCCUGGCCACUGUGGGGGGUGUUAAUCCUCCAAAAGUCAAAUACACUUUUUUCAUCCCAAGAGAUGUGACAUUCAAUAAAUCCAAGGAAAACAAAGACUCAUCACAGAUUUUACAUAUGAUAUAUCCCUUUGGGGAGCCUGAAUGGGUAAUUGGAGAGUGGUCUGAAUGCUCCAAGAGCUGCAAUUCUGGAUGGUCCAGGAGGAGCAUUGAAUGCACAGACAAUGCAGGCUUUCUUUCCAGUCAGUGUGACAAAGAUCUGAAACCCAUGGAUAUCAGGCCUUGUGGGGAUCUACCAUGCCCUAUAUGGCAGAUGGGACCUUGGUCUUCCUGCUCACAAACUUGUGGCCAGGGAGAGCGUCGCCGCAGUGUGUUCUGCAUAGACUACACUGGCAUGACUGUCGAGCCAGAGAAGUGUGAUCCGAAAAAAAUCCCAGAGCCAGUCUCUGGAGAAUGUCUCAAUCAGGAGUGCUUAUGAAGAACAACAUAAGAAAAUUUUGCAACUCUGGGUGGAUUAUUUAACAGACAGGCCCAGAAAGUAAGUACCAAAAUGACUAGAAACAGACACAAAGUGACAACAAAGACAUUAAAGCAGGUAUGAAGUGUUUUAGAUAGGGCCUUGGUCUUGAUGCCUUUGAAAUUAAGUCCAAGGUAAGAGGGUCUGCAGAGUCUUCUGCCUACUUUAGCCAGAAAAGUACAUUGGAAUAAAACCGUAGAGACAGUUGUCUGAAAAUAUGUCUCCACGGACAGCUUAUGAGGAAUAGUGAAGCACAGUGAACUUUUCUAUUUUGGUCUGAAUGCAUUAUCAUUUUUGUGGAAAUAUUCUUAAAAAGAAAUCAACUGGAGAUCAUCAGUGAUAAACCAUCUCAAAGUUUACUUUCGUGUCGACAUGAAGUGGAUCACAAUUACACUACAUCUAAGAGGUAAGGCACAUGUUACUAUGUACAAAGUAUCCACUGAAGGACUGAGGACACAAGACCUGUAUUUAUAACCUGUUACAAACCCCCACUUGACUGGUGAUAUUCAUGAGUUCAGUUAACUCCCCUUUACUUCCUUAACAAUGUUCCUGUGGUCACCACAGUAAAACCCCCACCAUUUAAUAACCAAAUGCUUGAUGACCCCCCAGGAACAACCCUCACCCAGGGGCACAACAUGUCUUGACAAACAAAAAAAUUUCCCGCAUCAUCCAUGGAUGGAGUACUGAACAGGCAUGUUGGGCAUAGCUUCAGGGGUCCAAUGGAAGAGGGGACAUACUGUAAUGACUUUAUAGAAAGUGCAAACAUACAAACUGCAAAAUGAGACAGAAAAAACACAGUGUGCAAAGCAACUAGAAAGAAAUCUACAAUUACUUUAGCGCAAAGAAAAACAUUAAAUGGCACGCAUAAACUUAAAUAAAACAAAUGUUGGGUUAAUUAAAUUUAUCUCAAGCUACUAGUUGAAAACAAUAGAAAUUGAUCAGAGUGCUUUUCAUUAGAGAACAAUGCCUAGUCAAAACAUACAAAUAUUGUACACACACAAAUAUAAAAACUGUACAUGGAUAAACACAAAAUAAGAGGGUAUAUAAAUAUACAGUGCAAACAUAAACACAACUCAUAGUCAAAGACAAAGACAACAUACAAUAAGUCUAAGGCUGGUUAACAGCUAAUGUAUAAAAAUAAAACUCUUCGGUGGCACAUAUUGGCGUUGGUGCAGCCUUAAUAUGUAUGGUGGAAUGGUGGAUGGAAGUCUAAGGGCAGCUACUGCAAAGGCUUCGUCGCAUUUGAGCUUUAGUGUCGCAUAGUUAGUGUGUGGAGGUUCAGGGGCCUAAACAAUUAAACACAUAAUAACAAAACAAUACAACCUUUUACAAGGUUGUACUUCCUAACAUUUUCAAAGAAGUGUCUGAACUGAAUUGAAUAGUCAUAUUGUGGGAUGCUAUAGGCAUGAUUAUUUAGGGUAGUUAAAGAGUGAUAUUAGAACAUGGGGAACAAGCAGCCAGCAGCCACCCCGACUGGCACCGGAGAAAUAAAAUACCAUUAAUAGACACUAAUGCACUGAAAACAUGCAGCAGAUACAAUAGUUAAAAACAGUAAUGAGCAAUAAAAAGUUGUCAUCGUUUAAAUUUAGCAUCUGACAAGAUUGUUGGCUUUAGGUGACACAUAAGGUGUCACCUAAGGAGUUGAAUUCUUAUUUAAGUUCCAAAGUCUAUGGGCUGCAUACAUUAAAUAUGUUUUGCUUUUGUUUGUGUCAUUAGAAGAUUAAUAGUUUUAGGUAAAGACAAGUGUUGUGUGUGUGUCAUAUGUGUGUCAUAUAUUGUUUCAAAUGGACUUUGUACUACAAUUUUGCACAUGUAACACUGUGGACCUGCUUUGAAAGCUUCACUGUGAAAUGAUCUCUUUAAAGCAAAUAUUAAUAUGACUAACAACUGA